AUGGCCAUCCAUCGUCAUGAUGAGGGAUCGCGCAACGCGUGGGAACAUGGUGUUUUUGCCCAGUUCCACCUUGUGCCCGGCCACAUUAUCAUUUCUGAACUUGGAUUUUCCUGGCCAAGUUCCCGUUUCUCACGUCCAUGGAAAGGUCCCCAAGAGAUUGGCAAAGACAAUUUUAUCAGACUCGUCCACGAUGUGGUCCAAGAGAUGGAGGAUGUUGUUGAAAAAACACAGGAAUUUGCCCAGCGAGGACUAGUCCAUGCCUAUGGCUACCCUAUUGACCUCAAAGCUGCAUUUCUUCGCCGGACACCAACAAUCAGCUUCAGUCUACAGGAACUUCUACGAGCCAUAACAAACGGCGAAUAUCAAAGACAGACGGAUCUCUGCAAUACUUCUGAGGAUCUGAGCCGUCGAGCCCGACUAGCUGCCCGGUUUUUCGAUGACUCAAUCUGCAGUUAUUUAGGCUCAACACCCGGCUUAGUCUUCGGCGUGCUUACCGGCCUGCUGAACCACUCUUGUGCUCCGAACGCGAUGCUGGAAGUAUCCGACUGCAAAGGAAGCGGGAGUGCCAACGUGAAACUCACAAUCAGAGCGGUCCGCGAGAUCCCAGCCGGCGAAGAAAUUACAAUCCUGUAUUCCGAUGGCUUCGAAGGCAGUACUACCGGUCACCGCCUGUAUUUGAAAGAGAUUCUUGGCUUUGACUGCUGUUGCGCAUUUUGCUCCAUGACCAGCAAAGACCCUACUUGGCGAAGUCUGAGAAGCUUAUGCCAUGAGAUGGUCGUCGAAUUUACCAUGCGAGAGAUGAAGCCACCACAAUUGUAUCGGCUUGCUGGUUUGAUCUUUGAUUCGUUCUCUCUGAUCGGAUGGUACCACCCUAUCUUGGCACAUAUUUUAGACAUAUGCUGUGGGACAGCUCUCAAAGAAGUCGACUUUUUCCGUGCGAAAUAUUUUCAAGGCGUUCGCAUGACGCUUUGUACUUACUUCUGGAGCUCUGACAGUCGACUUACGAUUGAUGCUCGAAGAAAGCUUGGAGAAAUCGCAUGUCCCGAAGCAAAUGUCGUCAUGGAUUCUAUUAAGUGGGAGCCUUUUGACGAAACCAGUGAACGCGUGUGGGAGAUGGUAUGCAUGAUGCAUCGAACCGAUCAAGAAUACUUCUAUUUGCGAAUUGAGCAUGGAAAGGUCCACGAGUUUCCUGAGAAGGAAGCUCGACUUCGGCAACAAAAAUUCAGGAGUCAUGAGACUGAUGAAGGUGCACAGCUGCUCAUGACCCUCGAUGGAACACCUCCGAACUCGAAGGACCAGCAGAGUUCAGCACGAGAGCUAUCCAUAUCGCCCUCACCACCUCAGGAGAGUAAGAGCACAAAGAAAAAGAAGAAGAAAAACGCCGUAGCAAAAGCCCAAAAAGUUCCACAACGGAUUUUUGGCGAUGCCGAAGAAGUCCUAUUGAAUCAUGAUGAUUCCGGAGAUGAAGAUGACCAAGUUGAUCAGGGCUCAACGCUGGAGAACGAACAGGCCAAUCCAUUAUUGGCAACUCCAGACCAAAAGGACGGGGCGGCUGGGUUCGCAAGUCAGGAUGAGCACACUCACGGCCAACGACAGCCUCUAACAGAAGACCUCGAUGUGUUCCCACCCAAGUCCGCACCAGUUCAAUUGAAGGACUCCGAGCCGACGUCACAUCCCUUACAAUCGUCAGCUACUGACCGGGAGAGAGAUAGAAGAAAUGAGGCCAACGCCAAGUCAACCAGCCGAGCACCGAAGAAGGCAGUCAAAUUUGGUAAGGGCUCGGCGGACGACAGAGCUGAUCCUGAGAAUGGAGUGGGGCAGGUCUCGAACAUCAAGGGUGAUGCUGAAGAUGGGUUCCAUGUCCAAAAGCCGAAAAUCAAACGUUCCCCAUGGGCACGAAACAAUGGCAACGAACGUAAUGGUAGUUCCCCCGACAAGACAGGUCGACGCUCUAUGACACGUUAUCAACAACAUAAGGCAGAAGGUGGAACAACCUCAAAGACGCAAAUGCCUGUGGAUAGGGCACCCAAAUCGGUCGGGAACGGUCAAUUCCAGAAAACAAGUACUGCUUCUGAUGCGUCCGUGAGCUCUCCAGCCACUCUUACGCAAGUUCAACCUACAGGAUUUGGCAGAGAGUCAGUUCCGAGUGACCACACUUCCUCAGCUCUGGAUCGAGCGGCGCCGGACAACAACUCUAUUGAAUCUCCUAGGACGAGAGUCCCAUUGGAGGACGACAUCUCUGACAGCAUGCAGCCAGUGAUUAGGGUUAAGUUCCCGACAGAGCGUGGCCCUUCGAACGAUCUUGCAUGUGAUUCUCGAGAUUCAUCUUCACAGUCUGUCCCGGAUGGAGAUCUGACAAGAUCAUCUCAAGAAUCAAAAGAUCUGGCAAUCGCUCGAGCAUAUUUCCGGCCAUAUCUGUGUCCGUUUGGAGACCCAGAAGGUAUGUCGAAGCAGGUGUGGCUUUCAAGCCAGACAAGCAAGACUCACUUUAGGAUUCUCCGGAGAGACAUUGCGCAUCUGAUCGCAGCAAAGGACGGAACGGGAUCGAAAGAUUCGGGGUUUGUACUCUCAUCACGUCGAGACUCGAUGACGGGACGGGUUGAGGGUCGCAAGAUGUUUAUGGAACAAAGGCUAAGACGACACUCAUUCAACAAUGACGGAGGAUCGGGGGAUCGGUUGAAAGAGGCCGAGACUUGGUGAAUGAGGAUGGGUUGGGAGGUUGUUUGCCGCAGUGAAAUUGGACAUGUAAAGUAAUUAGCUGAAUAGAUGCAAUGGAAGACGGCUUGAUCAUCG